AUGGUGUAUACGGAAAGAGAAAUUUUGAAAAAGGAAAUGAAUAAUGAAACUAUGAAAAUGUUUCAAAAUGAAUCGAAAGCUCAAACAAUGAUUUCAACAUCAGUACUGAGACAGAAAUUUUUAAAGCUUUUAUUGUCAUCUGUCAUCCAUCAAACAACACUAUCAAACUUUAUAAGACAUCAAUUUAAAAGGCCUUUCAAAAUUGAUCAAUUUAAACAAAAAGAUUACAUGAAUGCUUCCAAUUUCUGUCCUACUUUUGAUGAAAUUACAGAUUUCUCUGGGCCAUUAUCAAUGGGUCCAUUAUUGAUAAAUAAUUUGAAAGAGCAAGAAGUAGCCCAAAGACAUUCAUAUAUUAAAUCAGGUGGUCAUUGGAAGCCAAGAAACUGUCUAGCAAGACAUAAGAUAGCAAUAAUAAUUCCAUUUCGUGAUCGACAAUCACACCUAACACGAUUGCUUGACUUUUUAUUUCCAAUUCUGAAACAUCAGAAUCUUGAUUUUCGAUUCAUCAUUACUGAACAGUACGGGAAAGAAUUGUUCAAUAAAGGCAAAUUAAUGAAUGCAGCAUUUUCCUUUGCGGAAAAACUAAGAGUAAAUUGUGUAAUAUUUCAUGAUGUUGACAUGUUUCCAGCAGAUGAUCGUAUCAAUUAUGGUUGUCCGGAUACACCACGACAUAUCGGAGCUUAUGUAAAUACUUUGGGUUAUAGGUUAAUGUAUGCUGAAAUAGUCGGAGGUGUACUUGCAAUUCGUAUGAAUCAUUUUCAUGCUGUUAACGGAUUUUCAAAUGAAUUUUGGGGUUGGGGAGGUGAAGAUGAUGAUAUGGGAAUACGUAUCUUAACGUUAAAUAUGACAAUUGAACGACCGGAUGCUCUUAUUGGACGUUAUGUAAUGUUACGGCACAUCAAGAGAAAAGAUUCUAAUAAUCAGCUAAUUAAACGUAUGCUAAAAACUUCUCACAUUCGUAUGCAAUGGGAUGGUGUGAAGAAGCUAACGUGGACAAUUCUUCAGGUUGUUGAACGCCCUCUGUAUUAUCAUUUGUAUGUUGAUGUAGGUAGGCCACCACCUGGAUGGCAUUGA